CUUCAAAUUUGUGAGAAAAUAACAAGCAAAUUAACGUCACUCCUCUCCAUACUCUUCAACCUACCUUUCCCAAUUUGCUAUAUAGAUUGAUAAAACUGUCCCAGCUAUGGCUUCCACGGACUCUGAGUCUCCGUUCUCUUCUUCGUCUUCAUCCUCUGGACAUAGAUGGAACUAUGAUGUUUUUCUAAGUUUUAGAGGAGAAGAUACCCGCAAGAACUUUACAGAUCAUCUCUAUACCGCCUUAAUCCAGGCCGGAAUUCAUACUUUUAGGGAUGAUAAUGAACUUCCUAGAGGAGAAGAAAUCUCUCCACAACUUCUCAAGGCAAUCGAAGGAUCAAGGAUUUCUAUAGUGGUCUUCUCCAAACACUACGCUUCCUCUAGAUGGUGUCUUGACGAACUUGUAAAGAUUCUUGAGUGCAGGCAAAACAUUGACCAGGUUGUUCUUCCUAUAUUCUAUGAUACGGAGCCUUCAGAUGUCCGAAAACAGACCGGGAGUUAUGCAAAAGCUUUUGAUGAACAUGAAGAACGCUUCAAGGAAGAAAUGGAGAAGGUCAACAAGUGGAGAGGAGCUCUUGCAGAAGCGGGAAAUCUAUCUGGAUGGGGUUUACACAAUGAGGCAAAUGGAUAUGAAGCGGAAUUCAUCAAAAGGAUUGUCAGUGAUGUAGCUUGUAAACUGGGAAACAAAACCUUGCACGUAGCCAAGCACCCAGUAGGUAUUUAUUCCAGAGUUCAGGGUAUUAUUUCUUUGCUAAAAGGUGCAAAACCGGAUGUUGGCAUCGUGGGAAUACAUGGGAUAGCUGGAAUAGGAAAGACAACAAUAGCAAAAGCUGUGUUUAACAAACUUUAUUUUGGAUUUGAGGGAAGCAGUUUUCUUUCGGACGUCAAGGAAAUAUCAGAUAAGCCGAAUGGUCUGGUUGAAUUACAAGAGCGCCUUCUUCAUGAUAUUCUGAAACCAAGAGUUUGGAAGGUCAGUAAUGUUUAUGAAGGCAUGAAUUUGAUCAAAGAACGACUUCAUCGUAAGAAAAUUCUUGUUGUUUUUGACGAUGUGGACAAAAGGGAACAACUGGAGGCAUUGAUGGGAGAGAGAUGCUGGUUUGGUGCCGGAAGUAUAAUAAUUGUUGUAACUAAGAAUAAGCAUCUGCUAACAGAAGUGGGGGUAGAUGGAAUGUAUCAUGCUAAAGAAUUGGAUCGAGAUCAGUCUCUUGAGCUUUUCAGUUUGCAUGCUUUUAGGGAAACCCAUCCAGCAAAGGAUUAUGAGGAGCUUUCAGGAAAGGUAGUUGACUACUGCAAAGGACUUCCUUUGGCUCUACAAAUUUUGGGUUCUCAUUUAUCUAUAAGAGACAAAGCUGGAUGGGAAAUCGAUAUUGCCCAUUGGCGAAAUAUUCCGCAUGAUGAUAUUCAAGGAAAGCUUAGAGUAAGUUUUGAUGCACUGAAUGUGGAUACAAGUGAGAUAUUCCUUGAUAUUGCGUGCUAUUUUGUUGGUGGAGACAAAGAAUAUGUAGCAGAUAUAGUAGGUGCUCGUUACGAUUGCCAUCCAGAAGUAGCUUUCAGAACUCUCAUUGGAAGGUCUCUCAUAACAAUCGACACUUGGAAUAGCUUAUGGAUGCAUGAUACAUUACGAAAGAUGGGAAGGGAGAUUAUUCGUCAAAGGUCGCGUAAUCAUCCUGGAAAUUGCAGCAGAAUUGUACUUCCCAAAGACGCAUACAAUGUACUCUCCAAGGAACUGGGAACAGAUGCUGUGGAGGGUCUGGCACUAGAUGUGCAAGAAUCUUUUAGCACAAAAUCGUUUACAAAAAUGAGACGUUUAAAAUUACUCCAAAUCAAAGGAGCAAAUCUUGUGGGAAGCUACAGUCUUCUCCCCAAAGAGUUGAUAUGGCUUUGUUGGUUUGGAUGCCCUUUGAAAUCUUUGCCGUCUGAUUUUCACUUAAACGACCUUGUUAUACUUGAUAUGCAAGAAAGUAACGUACGAAAACUUUGGAAGGGGACUAAGAUUCUUAACAAGCUGAAAAUCCUCAAUCUCAGCUAUUCCAAGUACCUUGAUGAAACGCCGAACUUUCGAGAACUCUCUUGUUUGGAGAGACUAAUACUUACUGGAUGCACGAGUUUGGUUAAGGUACAUCAAUCUAUUGGAAAUUUGAAGAGCCUUGUUUUGUUGAACUUGCAUUACUGUGACAGCCUAAAGACUCUUCCAGAAAGCAUGGGUAACUUAAAAUCUCUUCAAACUCUGAACGUUACUCAGUGCAGACAACUUGAGAAAUUGCCAGAGAGUUUGGGUGACAUAGAAUCCUUAACAGAAUUGUUUACAAAGGGUACUGCGAUUAAGCAACUUCCUACUUCAGCUAGAUAUUUGAAGAAGCUGACAAAGUUAUCAUUUGGUGGAUACAACAAAGUUUUCUACUCACCUGAUCUACCUUCUAAAUCUCGGUUUUCAAGAUUUUCUUUGUGGCUUUCACCACGAAACUGUUCUAGCUCCAACGCUAUGCUACCAGCUUUUUUCAAUAGUUUCAGCUCAUUGAAAGAACUAAAUCUAAGUUAUGCUGGUUUGUCUGAAGCUACAAGUUCCAUUGAUCUUGGGAGUUUGUCCUUUCUUGAAGAUUUGGAUUUGUCUGGAAACAAAUUCUUCAAUCUGCCUUCUGGCAUUAGCCUCCUUCCUAAGCUUCAAUGUUUGAGGGUUGAGAAAUGUUCGAAUCUGCUAUCAAUCCCAGAGCUUCCAUCAAGUGUCCUAUUCUUGUCUAUCAAUGACUGCACAUCCAUUGAAAGAGUAAGUGCACCACUUCAGCACGAAAGACUACCAUUACUGAAUGUAAAAGGGUGCCGAAAUUUAAUAGAGAUUCAGGGCAUGGAAUGCGCGGGCAAUAACUGGUCCAUUUUGAACUUAAAUGGCUGCAGCAAUUUAUCUGAAAACUAUAAGAUGAGUCUUAUUCAGGGAUUAUGCAAAGGUAAACAUUAUGACAUUUGCCUUGCUGGUGGUGAGAUACCAGAAUGGUUCAGCCAUCGUGGAGAAGGAUCUGCAUUAUCAUUUAUUUUACCCUCAGUGUCAGUUCCAGUUCCAGAUGGUAAUAAACUCCAAGCGCUCCUUUUUUGGGUUGUCUCGGCCUCCACCAAUGAAGCCACUCUAGCAACAUCACUUCCUCGGUUUGAUAAGUGUGUUGCUACUUUCAAAAAUAAGAGUAAUGGUAUUGAAUUGUUUGAGACGAUGGCGGCAGUUACGUUUGACAGAACUAUCACGAAGCAGUCUUGGAUACAGCGUAUACCGUUGAUUGGGUUAGAGGAAUCGCUGCAAGGUGUAGAGGAAUUGGAAGUGAAUGUCAAAAUAAGCGUAUAUGAUGUUCGAAAAUUACAGCGUAUACCGUUGAUCGGGUCAGAGGAAUCGCUGCAAGGUGUAGAGGAAUUGGAACUGAAUGUCAAAAUAAGCUUCUAUGAUGUUCGAAAAUGUUGGGUAGAAAAAUGCGGGGUACAUUUGAUAAUGGAAAAGAAUAAAGCAGAUUCAGAUCAGGAGAUUGAUAUUCAUGCUCCAGGCUCUGAUGAUCAGCCGUUGGAAAGUAGUUUGAUAAGAGAGUUGCAAAAAUGGAAAAUCACCAGUUGCAGUAAAUUUGGAUAGCAUAAAACAUAGAAUAUGUUUUUUUUUGUUUUUUUUUUUUCCAUGUUUUUGGAUCACAGGGUGCUGGAUCUGCGGUAUUGUUUUCUUGGCAUUUCAGACUGAUAAAUGAGUGACACAAACUUGCAAAGUCUAUUUCAAUGAGGACAAUGGAACUGUAUAUUUAUUUAUCACCAUUAAUUUAUUAAUAGUUUCUGUGCUUGCUUCGGAUCGUGAUUCAAGUCGGUCUCUUCCAUGUAGACGAAUGAAGGGAAAGCUAAACCUAGUCCACCAUCACUAUGAACCAAGUUAAUAAAAUUUCAAUACAUCAGUGAAAUUAUUCACAUUAUUUUGUGAUGGAUAAGAUACGUAAGAUAAGCCAGAUCAUUCGAUUGAAGAAUCAGAAAGGGAUCGUGACAUUGCCAGUCAAGAAGGAACAUGAGACAUAUCAGCAACAGCUUCUACUAAUGAGCAGUGGAAGAGUGUCUGACCACAUUGAUGAGUUGUGGAAAUGUCUUUGCUUUGCUUUGCUUUGCAUUUGUAGGAAAGGAUACUACGUACAAUUCUACAGUUGUAUUAAAUUUGUUACCUUUCUCUUUAAGACAAAGCAAAUCGUGACAAAUUAAAAGCA